AUGGCUUCCGAUGUGGUUUCUCGUCUUCGGGCCUGUCUGACGAGACGGAAGCAUUCGGGAGCGCCGUCACUGGCUUCGUCCGCGCGCGGACGUGGAAGAGAGGUGGCGUCCGUCCUGGCGACGGCUCCGAGCCAGAGCAGUCGAGAGGCGUCUUGCGCACCUUGCGCGCGCACGGAUCUGGCGGACGGCCAACUCGGCGACAAGAGGCGCGAAGCCGUAAGCUCGGGAGCCGCAGGUGACGAUGGUGACGAUGGUGACGAGGCGAGUGGUGCUGCUGAAAGAGGAAGGCACAUGCACCUCUCACUGUCCCGCAUGAAGAAGAAGCAGAAGCGUCGAGAGCAAGUCCCCCAUCCCGGCAGCUCCUGCCACGAGCGCCGGCAGAAUCGCGCCACAACAGCAGGAGCAGACUCAGCAGAGGUGGCAGGAGCGCGGGCUGGAGCGCGGGCUGGAGCCGAACGUGAGGAACAGGCUCGAGAUGGAGGUGCGCAGGCCACCAAGGCCACCAAGGCCACGCUCGCGGACUCUUCAGUGACCUCCAGGGGCCUGCAACCCGCCGGCGAGCCUGGAGCAUCCCCUAAACCCAGCCCUCCGGACCAUAAUCUCCAGUUGGUGCUCUCCUCCCGGGGGAACCCUGCCCCAGCGAGUAACGUUGUCAACCGUGGCAAGGACCCGCCUAGCCGUGAUCCUGCCCAACGUGGCAUGGGACCUCCAUCGUCUCCAUCUCAACGUCCGCUGCCACCAUCACCAUCACGCUCAACCUCUGCGCCCCCCUUGUCUUCCCAUCCCUCACCACGCAAAGCCGCAAACUUGACAAGAUCCAACCCCGCGAGCACGCCCGACAAAGGAGGAUAUUCUUCACGACUUUGCAAAGCUAGUGUAACAACAGGCUUGUUCAAAACAUCUGCUGCCGCCGACGCUCACGCUGACGCUGUUCCUGCCGCUGCCGCUGCCGCUGCCACCAAGACGACCCCGUUGCAUGCUGCCGACAACCUCCCAGCCGAUCCUGCAUCGCCCUCGCACCAUGGCCGCGAGCCCGACGAGCUGAGCUUUGCGUCAACCCCUGCAGUCACAUACCCUUCUCCCGCUGCAUCCGCCGACGGAGCGCCAAGACUUUCGAUUGACGGCAAAAUGGUAACCCGAAAGAUCUGGGUAAGACGGCCUCAUGCAUCGGCAACGACCAUCACCAUCACCGAGGACGACCUCGUCGACGAUGUUCGUGACAUGAUACUCCGCAAAUACGCCAAUUCUCUGGGUCGGACUUUUGACUCCCCAGACCUCGCCAUUCGCAUACAAUCUCGCGAUCAGGACAAGGAGAGGAUUCUAGGACCGGAGGAACUGAUGGCUAGAACCAUCGACAAUGUUUACCCUGGCGGACAGACUGUUGAUGAAGCUCUCAUCAUCGACAUACCCCGCAGAGCUCCAAAGGCAUCCCCCCGCGUGCAUUUGCCGCCGGGAACCACGACAUGCUACAUCACAGAGGAUGGAAGACCUUCAGAAGCUGGGGAAGGCUAUUUCCCCCCCGUCGCCACCAUUCCCUCGCCGCUUCCUCCGCAAUCUGCACCCGUGGCACCCAACGGCGCUGCACCGCACUCCAUGGCAGUCGUCGGAGCCGGCCAAAUUUCCUCAAUCCCUUCCCCCGGCGGUUCCCGAACGCGACUUCACAGGGAGCGUUCGGAGAGACCCAGGUUGGUCAGGACGCUUACCUCUUCACCCACCGCAGUGGCCGCCCACAACCCGGGUGCACAGAAGGCGUCUUCCACUCUCGGCAGCCACGGCGCCCAGAACAUUGCCCCACGGUUGCCUCAUUCGCGAACCCACUCGAGCUCAUCGGAUCGCGCAUCUGGAUUACCGACGGUCAAACCCACGCUGCCGAAAUCGCCCGGUGCGGACAACACCCCAACCAGGGCUGCUACACCGCCACCGCGACCUUCGUCCCCCCGAAUAUCGGGUGCUCGAGCGAGGAAGAGCAAGAAAAGCUCCGAGUACCUCAGCUCUCCCAACGUUUGGAACGGCAGUGUCCCCCCAAUCAAUGUUCUCAUUGUCGAGGACAACCCCAUCAACCUGAAGUUGCUAGAAGCCUUUGUGAAACGGCUGAAAGUCAGGUGGUCCACCGCCAUGAACGGCAGGGACGCUGUGAAAAAGUGGAGGGCUGGCGGCUUCCAUCUUGUCCUCAUGGACAUUCAGCUCCCUGUGAUGAAUGGUCUUGAUGCCACGAGGGAGAUUCGGCGACUGGAAAGCGUCAACUCGAUUGGAGUCUUUUCCUCCACGCCUGACAACGGGGCGGACGAUGACGAUGACGAGGUCAAGGAACAGGACCGUUUACAGAACUUGACUCUUUUCAAAAGCCCCGUCAUCAUUGUGGCACUGACGGCCAGCUCGCUACAGAGCGACAGACAUGAAGCCUUGGCGGCCGGGUGCAAUGACUUUUUAACAAAGCCCGUCAACUUUGUCUGGCUUGAGCGCAAGGUCAUGGAAUGGGGCUGUAUGCAAGCCCUGAUUGAUUUUGACGGGUGGCGCAAGUGGAAGGAAGCAUACUCGCAGCAGAACGAGGAGAGAGAGACGACCAAGAAGUCUCAGGCAGUCAAGGCGAGAUCUAGGAGAACUCGAUCAUCACUGGGUGUUCUAGCGUCAUGA